CUCCCCUCCCCUCCGUCCCUCCUCCUCUUCCUCGGUGUGGCGCUCCUCCGGCAGGCAGGCAGGCAGGCAAGGCAGCAUGGCGGCCGUGGAGAUGCGGGUGUGCGAGACGGACGGCUGCAGCAGCGAGGCCAAGCUCCAGUGUCCCACCUGCAUCAAGCUGGGCAUCCAGGGCUCGUACUUCUGCUCGCAGGAGUGUUUUAAAGGAAGUUGGACUACUCACAAGUUACUACAUAAGAAAGCAAAAGAUGAAAAAGCAAAACGAGAAGUAUCUUCCUGGACUGUAGAAGGUGAUAUUAACACUGACCCAUGGGCAGGUUAUCGAUAUACUGGUAAACUCAGACCACAUUACCCACUGAUGCCAACAAGGCCAGUGCCAAGUUAUAUUCAAAGACCAGAUUAUGCAGAUCAUCCAUUAGGAAUGUCUGAAUCUGAACAGGCUCUUAAAGGUACUUCUCAAAUUAAAUUACUGUCAGCUGAAGACAUAGAAGGGAUGCGGCUUGUAUGUAGGCUUGCUAGAGAAGUUCUGGAUAUCGCUGCUGGGAUGAUUAAACCAGGUGUAACUACUGAAGAAAUAGAUCAUGCUGUACACUUAGCAUGCAUUGCAAGAAAUUGCUACCCUUCUCCCUUGAAUUAUUAUAAUUUCCCAAAGUCUUGUUGUACCUCAGUGAAUGAAGUCAUCUGCCAUGGAAUUCCAGACAGACGGCCUUUGCAAGAAGGUGAUAUUGUUAAUGUGGACAUCACUCUUUAUCGCAAUGGCUACCAUGGGGACCUGAACGAGACAUUUUUUGUUGGAGAUGUGGAUGAAGGAGCACGCAAACUAGUUCAGACCACAUAUGAAUGCCUGAUGCAAGCCAUUGAUGCAGUGAAACCUGGUGUCCGAUACAGAGAAUUGGGAAACAUUAUUCAGAAACAUGCUCAAGCAAAUGGAUUUUCAGUUGUUCGAAGCUAUUGUGGGCAUGGAAUCCACAAGCUGUUUCAUACAGCCCCCAAUGUACCCCACUAUGCCAAAAAUAAAGCAGUUGGUGUGAUGAAAUCAGGCCACGUAUUUACAAUUGAACCAAUGAUUUGUGAAGGUGGAUGGCAGGAUGAAACCUGGCCAGAUGGUUGGACUGCAGUGACGAGAGAUGGAAAGCGGUCUGCUCAGUUUGAGCACACCCUAUUGGUGACGGACACUGGCUGUGAAAUCCUCACCCGGAGACUUGAUAGCUCGCAGCCUCAUUUCAUGUCCCAGUUUUAAUUUCUCCCAAGACGCCACAUCUCAAUAAUACCUUCCUACUGUACUAUGCAUUUUAUUAAGAGUACAGGCAGGAAGAAGCUUUUCUUUUUGUAAUCACCUGUUUUGUUUUGACUAUAGAUAAGAAAGGACUACACCAUUUGGUAUGUGACCUCGAGAGCUUGUCUUGGGUCUGAAAAAACUGAGAAGAAUAAAGGAAAUAUUGCUCACCUCUUCUCAAUCCCCCCUGCCUCACCUCCUCAAUUCUCUCAACCCAUAUUUCCUUAUUUACCCCUUGAGCACUUUUACUUGAGCCUGCUUCUAAAUGCUUUUAUCACUGCCACAAACCAGCCAUCCAGAGCCAGCAGCUUUCCAGGUGAAUGUGGAAGAUGAAUAUCCUCCAAAUAUUAGCAACAUGUGUUGCUCCAUUUUAAAAUUAUAUGUAUGGAAAUAUAUAUGCCUAUAUUUUAAAUUACAUAUGCAUAGUUAGUGAGCACUAUGUGACAUUUGUUUUGAAUUGAUUCUGUUUUGACAAGGUUAUUUGCUGUCAUAAACGGAUCCAUACUUGGUAGUGAUUUAAUUCCUAGUUGGGAAUUGGCCUCGUCUCUCCCAUGCUAAUUAUUAUCCUUGUAUGUAGGGAAGCACUCAGUGAAGCUUUCUCUCCAGAGUCUGGACUCUGUGUUAGUGAGUGAAUGGUAACAUUCACUUUGAAAGAAGGCUAUCAGACUUCUAAAGGCUGGUAUGUGGCAAAAAUAGCUGUGCUCUAGGUGGUGGCUGGUUGUUGCAGAGCCUAAUUUCAUAGUACGCUACUACUUCAGACCUCCAUUUGGUCAGAAAUAUGAGCGAGAAAGCCACCUUUCUUCCUCUUUUUAUUUCACGGGUUACCUUGGAGGUACUCAGAAAGGUGUGUAGAGAUUGCCCUGUGGCACAGGGUGGUGACAGAGCUCCACAGUGUCUCCAGCUGGGAUCACAGUUAGGUGGGCUGUGAAAUUCUAACAUUUAGUAAACCAGCGAUGAGAAAGGAACUUAAAAUCUAAGUGCUGUAACUUGUGGUAGGGAUCAGCUGUCCUUGGUGUGUUGGAAACGCACCUCACCUAUGUGUAGUUGAGAGCAUUUGACCUCAGCUGCCCAGUAUCUACUCCUUUCAGUGUUUGUCCAAGUAGUGCAUCCAGUGAAGACAUAUCAGAUCCUGAAGUAGUUGUCACUCCAGCAUACUUGGUUACUGUGUGUCUGUCUGAUGACUUUCUUACAAUAUACUUUGAUACCACUGACACAUUAUACUCGUAAGAGAUCUUUUCCAGAGUGCCUCAGACCUUAUUGCUUUAAGAGAAUUAUGAUGUUUUCAUUGUUUUUAUUUUAAUGAUUUCAUAAUGUGACUGAAUCUGGCAUAGACUUCGGGGGCUGUGUGUCUGUGUGUGUGAGGUUUUUAUCAAGAUGUAAUAUUUGUGAAUGGAAUGCCUUGUAUUAUGAAUGUUAAUAUAAUGUGUAAAGGGAGAUUAAAAGUUUGAAUGAUUGUCCCACCA